AUGGCAAUCAUAACUUUCCAAAUUGUAAUCGCGGAUCAAGCAUACGAUCAGGAUCACCGGAAGGUUUUCAGAUGCCCUAAAGUAAACCGCGAACGGCCGGACGAGCGGAUAGCAGUUUGCGGCGGUGCCUCCAAAACAGACCCAACUAAAUAUGAGAUGACCAGAGCCAACACAGUAGUAGACGAUACAGAUGCUCACAAUUGCAUCGGGGCCCCAUUACAAGAAAUCCGAUGUUGCCGAAAAGACGCAUUCAAACUUCCGCAAAACCCGAAGCACGGAUUCAAAACAAUCACUGUAGACUUAUCAGCAACCAAAAUUCACUACAAUUGUGUUGCAGGAAGGCAAGAGGUCACCCCUCGCUAGAUAAAAUUUUCUUGCCUGGAACUUU